AAUUUGGUUCUCCAGGUAUCAAUCGUGUUUAGUCCUUCGAAUUAGCGAGUACUGGUAUUCCAGCAGCGCGAAACAUAUCAAAUAUGAAACUGUUCGUUGUAGUGUCAUCUCUGUUGGCCGUUGCCACUGCUGCUCCUCAUCUGUUGACGCAGCAAGUGUACAGUGCUAUUCCAGCAACUACCUACAUUGCUGCUGCACCUGUGGAAGUGUCUAGCCAGUUCCACGCCCAGGAUGCUCUCGGUCAGUACACAUAUGGAUAUAACGGAGGACUGUCUGCAAAGACGGAAACUAAGGCUAUUGAUGGAGUGACUCGUGGAGCUUACAGCUAUCUGGAUGCUGAGAACAAACUGCAAACCGUUACCUACACUGCUGAUGCCUUGAAUGGAUUCCGUGCUGAAGCUAGCAAUCUGCCAGUUGCUCCAGUUGAAACUCGCAUGGCUCCCGAACCAGUUCAGGAUACCCCUGAAGUAGCUCAAGCUAAGGUUGAACACAUGGCUGCUGUUGAGGAAGCUAAGGUUCGCAAUGCUGCCGCUGAACAGGCUGAUGAGGAAGACAAGUCAUCUGUCGUCGUGGAUGCUGCUCCAGUUGCGCCAAUUGCUGCUGUCGCUCCUAUCACCUAUGCCGCCGCUGCUCCAGCCAUAGCUUUGGCCCCAGCUUCCGGAUUCUCAUACUCCACAUCCUCCUUGGCUCUGAAGCAGGAACCAAUUGCAUACACCACCUAUGCUGCUGCUCCAGUUCCAGCCGCCGUCGAAAUCAAGUCUCCAACAUCCUAUUCCUAUUCGACCUACACCCAGUCGGCUCCAGCCACCGUUGCCGUGAGGACCGCUGAGAUCCCAGCUGCUGUCCACUACAGUGCUGUCCAACAGCCCAUCUACGCCUACUCUUAUGGUGUUCCGGCUUACUACACCACUUCCAACAUUGCUGCUCCAGUUGCCAUCGCCCGUUCUCUGCCAGCUGCCGAAGUGGCUCUGCCCGAACCAGUUCAGGACACCCCAGAGGUCGCCAAGGCUAAGGCCGAACAUCUGCAAGCUGUUGCCGAAGUUAAGGCUCGCAACCUGCAGUAAGACACAACUCGGAUAACUCGGAUCUUCAAACCAACCAGCAACAAUAACUAGCUCAUCGGAAAUAAUCUUGAAUUACUUUUGUAAAAAGUGUACAAUUUAUGAUUUGAACAAAAACAAAGUUAACUCCCACAGACUGUGAGUGUAAUUAGAAUUCUGUUUGCGCAGAAAUGUACAAAAACAAAUGAAAACCAAAAUAAAAAUGGAGAGGAAAGUGAAUAAUAGCAA